AAUGAAAAACCAGAAUUGCUCUGUCAAAAACCCAGAGACGAUAUUGUUUCAUUAUUUUUCUCUUCAUUGAAAAUGGCAUCUUUUACUCUCCCAAGGCACACUCUUCCUUUUUUACUUCCACAACAUACUCCCAGGACCCAUUCUCCUUCUCAAAGCCUCUCAAUUCCCUCCAAAUCAUCACAGUCUCAAUUUUAUGGCCUCAAGUUUUCUUAUUUUUCAUCGGGGUCUAUCCCAUCUUCUUCCUCUCUGAAAUUUUCUGUUUCUGCUAAGCUGGAUAAAGGUACUGUCCCUCCUUCAUUCACACUGAAAGAUCAGGAUGGGAAGAAUGUGAGUCUUUCAAAGUUCAAAGGGAAGGCUGUGGUUGUCUAUUUCUACCCUGCUGAUGAAACCCCAGGUUGCACAAAGCAGGCCUGCGCUUUCAGGGAUUCUUAUGAGAAAUUUAAGAAAGCAGGAGCUGAAGUUGUUGGGAUAAGUGGUGAUGAUCCAUCAUCACACAAGGCAUUUGCAAAGAAGUAUAGACUUCCAUUUACAUUGCUGAGUGAUGAUGGUAAUAAAGUAAGAAAAGAAUGGGGAGUGCCUGGAGACUUUUUUGGAGCCUUGCCUGGAAGACAGACUUAUGUUUUGGACAAGAAAGGGGUGGUUCAACUCAUCUAUAACAACCAGUUCCAGCCUGAGAAGCAUAUUGAUGAGACCCUGAAACUGCUUCAAAGUCUUUAAACUACCCUAGAGAUUUUCUUAUAUCUUCCUCCACCACUUUAAUCUCUUAUGUGGUAUUUGACAAGUGUUAAUUCUUGUAUGAUUCAACUUUAGACUACCUUGCGAUUAUUGUAGUUGUUUUGCUGCGUUUGCAUCCAUCAUUUCCCAAAUAGAUGAUGAUAUUUCGUCAUUAGGAAACUUGUCAAAUUCAUAGAACUACAACAUAUAAGAAUCAAGGAUGGUAUGUUGG